AUGGACUUCCACGACCGACUCUUCGUCAGUACCGUAGGACCAUUGGUUGUUGCUGGAUUUUUGGCGAUGACAUGCUGGAUCGCGAUGCAUAGGAACAGCGAAUCCGGCGACAUUGCUGCAGCAGAGAAGAUCCGCCACAAACAUCAGACGGCUCUCCCACUCUUGACGUUCCUGGUCUUUGAAGUGUACGCAGCGAUCAUGAUCGUUGUACACCCUGUGGGUAUCCCCCUGGCUUACGCCGCCCUGUUGUGUCAACGGCGCCACGUUCUAGCCGAUGCUGGUACGGACAAGACAGUAGCUCAGUCGAUUUCCAGUCUGUGGGCGCCGUACAGGUCCGAACGGUUCUACUUCGAGGUAAUUGAAUGCGGACGCCGUGUCAUGCUGACGGGUGUAGUCGUCUUCAUCUUUCCAAACGAUGCGGCCCAGAUCGCGAUUACAAUGCUCAUCGCCUUGUCGUUCUUGAUUGUUUUCGAAAUGUUGUCGCCUUACACGUCUGAGCCUGACAUGUGUCUUUCGCGAGGGGAUCAUGUGAUUGUGCCUCUCAGCAUGUUUGACUUGUUGCUGCUCAAGGUGGAUGUGUCCGGCGAAAGUGAGCAGAGCCAGACUGCAUUUGCUGCAGUGUUGGUGGCAGGUCACGUUUUGAUGAUUCUUGCUAUUAUUGUCGAAGUCGUUGGCGUAUGUUGCGCUUCAGGGACGAAGCGAGUUGUCGGAGCGGCGGCGUCAACAGAGAAUGUUCCGGGGUUGACGCCACGCGCAGGAUCGGACGAUGUGCUUGCAUUUGAGAGCGCUCCCGCAUCAUGGCCGCCGUCCAUGCGGGAAAGAUCGGUGUCAGAAGAGCCCGGACCGACUCGAAGGGUAGCUGGGACUGUGAUUGCCGUAGGCAGGUAG